AUGAAGACAGUGCGCAGAGAAAAGGAAAAUAUUUUUUGGACAAGAGGGUUUAUUCUUCACCCUGACCCUCUGGGAAUAGCAAUUUUACCAGACCAGCCUACUGAGUUCAAGGGUAGCAAAAGUCGUUUAGUUAAAGUGUUAUACCAAGGUGCUGGAGACUAUAGUCAGACACGAGCCGUUCCACAGAGAGAGCCAUGUUUUAAGGGAGGCCUUACCCAAGACCAAGCAGAUAUUGUGACCAAUCAAGUCAACAAUUAUGAGAAAGGUGUUGUUGACAAACAAACUGAGACUGAUUCUGUAAUCAUACUAUCAGACGAGAAAGAUUUACAGAAUAUACUGGCAGAUUACAAGCCAACUCCAAAGACCACAUCAGUGUCAACACAGACCGAUCCCCCUGAAAUUCCAGAUAUUAGAAGCCAGAUCAUCGAAAUUCUCAGGGUAGUAAAAGACAUCCGUAGACACAUCCCAUCAUCACAGCAAUCCUUUUCCAAAGAGUUACAGGACUUAUCACCAUUCCCAUCAUCUGAUUUACAAGACUUAGACCUAAUGGAAUAUGUGACCGGUUCACCUCCAUCAUCUAAAUCAACACCAACAGACAGCUUUGAUGCAACUGCAUUAUUUACUUCUAUGUUAUGUCAAGCAGCAAGUAUGCCAUCAGCAAGUUCUAUCACUGGCCCUUCACUCGAGCAAAUGAUGACUACAACACAGCCGAUACCAUCAUCAGUAGCUUCUUCAUCUGGCCAUGCAGAUCAACAAUUGCCUACUACAUCAACAACUUGUAACACAUACAACUUGUCACAACAAACAGAACAACAGGUCAGCACAACAGACAUUUCAGUACCUAUCACCACAGUUGCAGAUAUUCACAUAUUCCCCAAGAAAGUAUCAGCAACACCAGGACCAAAUUCACUAAUUUCUAGUCAAAUUUCCAAUGCACUUCAGCAUGGCACAACAGCAGCCCAAAACAUGCCAACAUCAAUAACGAGACCUAGAAUCCGCACUCUGCCUCCAAUUGACGAGCAUGACAUCAUAACCUCUGCAUCAGACAUUGUUUCUACACCAUCAGAGUCAGUGGAUUUCACAUCAUUAGAUAUUGAUAGCUCUCCAGGAUUUAACCCUACACCAGUAACACUAUCCCCAGUUCUACAUUCAUCUCCAGAUAUAACACUUCCUUUGAAUAGUACCAUUGCUCCAUUACCAGACAUUGCUCCAUUUACAGAAGCUAAUACCACUCCAGCCAAUCAGGUUUCAUCAGCCAUACAUCAUGUACCUCAGACAUUAUUGCAACCAACAUUACCACUGUCAUCAAAUUCCUCUUCUACAAGGGAUACAAUUCAGUCAUCUGUAGCUUUACAUCAUUUCAGACCAGCAAACGUUUACAACUGCUAUCCUGGACCAAUUCAUCAAGUAAAAUGUAACACAGAUAUUGAAAUUGACUUCCUUGAACUCCGAAUUCAUCCUGAUACAGUCUGUAAAGUUUCAAGCAAUAGCCUAACUGAUUCUCAAUUCAUCUUUAACUUGGCAAAAGAGUUGUUUACUCCUGCAGAAAUGUUUGGAAGGAACUACACCGGUCAGAAAGGGAAACAAAGUCUAUCACCAAGAAGGAAGCAUGCCCUUGAGCACUGUGUUUUUGACAUCAAAGGACCACACAUGCUAAAACAGAUUGGGUCCUCCAUCAACAACGGGAUACGCAACUUGUUCCGAAAGAGAUAAAUUUGAACACGCUUUUUGACAUUUAUUUAUAACAAUGGACUAAAUAUAUUCACUUGGUGAUAAACAAUUAUUAUAAACAGUUAUCGUUAUUGUUCAUUUAAAAUGGACUUUUCCUUAUUAAUAAUUUAUGGACAUUAGUUUUGUGGCUAAAUAGCUUUCAUUUACCUAUUAAGGUGUGAAAUAGUAA